AAGAGCUGGUAUCGUGUCAAAACAGUUUCAUAUCUUAUCUAUAACCGUUCUCAUACACAGUGAAUAUUCUCUAGUACUUAUCUUUUUGAGCUAGGAAUAGAAUUUUUCUUUUUUACGCGACACCCAAGAGCUGGUAUCGUGUCAAAACAGUUUCAUAUCUUAUCUAUAACCGUUCUCAUACACAGUGAUUUUCUUACUUGUUUUGACUUUGGAGUUGUAAAGAAGAGUAUGAAGGUACUGGUGACCGGUGCAUCCGGUUUCCUAGGCGGAAGACUCUGCCACGCCCUGCUCCGACAAGGCCACACCAUUCGGGCCUUGGUUCGCCGGACCAGCGACUGCUCGUCUCUCCCUCCGCCCACCGACGGCGACGCUUCCUUCGAAAUCGUCUGUGGUGAUGUGACCGACCACCAGUCCCUCCUGGCUGCCUGCUCCGACUGUCAAGUCGUCUUCCACGUAGCUGGCCUUGUCGAACCCUGGCUUCCUGAUCCUUCUAAGUUCUUCUCAGUGAAUGUUGGAGGGUUGAAGAAUGUCUUACAGGCAGUGCGAGAGACGAAGACCGUUGAAAAGCUUAUAUACACGUCCUCUUUUUUCGCUCUUGGACCAACCGAUGGAUAUGUUGCUGAUGAGAAUCAAGUUCAUCAUGAGAACUUUUUCUGUACUGAAUAUGAGAAAUCGAAGGCCUUAGCUGAUAAGGUCGCAAUGCAAGCAGCAUCCGAUGGGCUUCCAAUAGUGGCAGUUUAUCCCGGAGUUAUUUAUGGACCGGGAAAGGUCACCGCUGGAAACAUUGUUGCCCGAAUGUUAGUCGAACGCUUUAAUGGGCGGUUACCUGGCUAUAUAGGGUCUGGAAAUGAUAAAUUCUCUUUUAGCCAUGUUGAUGAUGUAGUAGAGGGCCAUAUUGCGGCAAUGAACAAAGGACGACCUGGUGAAAGAUAUCUACUGACAGGAGAAAAUGCAUCAUUCAGGCAUGUUUUUGAUUUAUCUGCUAUCAUCACUGAGACAAAAAAACCUCUGUUUAAUAUCCCUUAUUGGGUGAUUGAGGGAUAUGGCUGGGUCUCAGUUCUUUUCUCACGAAUUACGGGACGGCUUCCUCUGAUCAGCCCUCCGACUGUGCGUGUUUUAAGACAUCAGUGGGCAUAUUCCUGUGAGAAGGCUAAACUAGAUUUGGAUUACAACCCUAGAGGCUUGAAGGAAGGGCUAGCAGAGAUGCUACUCUGGCUGAAGAACUUGGGCUUGAUAAAAUUCUGAAAGCGAUAUGGUCGAAUAGUCUGCAGCUUUUUAAUACACAUAUUCAAGCCAUCUCAUAGAAACAAGGCUUUCAUAAUAUCAGAAAGUUUGGGAAUUGUCCACAGUGCCAAGAACGAGUAUCUCGUAAUGUUGUGAAUAGUAUAAUGGUGUGCGAAUAAUAGCGAAAUAAUUUGGGUUAAGAUGCUUUAUUGGAUUUUGAGAAAUGAUAGAUAAAAAAUUAAAUAAAAAUAUUAGUAUAAAGUUAAAAAUUUGUUUGAAUAUAUAAUUUUUUAAUAUUAUUUUUGUU